CGGAGUCGAGGAAGUCUCUUAUUUCAUUUUUAGCACUCGCAACUUCCUCCGCGACACCUCGGAGAUCGACUGCGUCUUUUCUGCGUUGGUCCGGUUCUGCAAGGCAACACUCAGCAGCUUAGAUUCACUCCAACGGAUGAACCUGUGUGUUAGCGUCCUGGGUGACGUGGAACUUCUUCCUAGACAGCUGCAAUCUAAUAUGGCGCAGGUUGAAAUCGCCACUUCUAACGGAAGCCGAAAACACACAUGUCGCUUAUGCACAGCUUACAGCAGCAAACUCAGCAUGAAGAGUACCAUGCUACAUAUGGCAAAUGCUGUGAGAGCAGGUGUCAUCAAAUCUGAUGACGUCACAUCGGAACUCGUCUGGGAUUUGUUAGCGCUAACCGAGGCUUGCGAGACGGAUCUGUGGUACCGAAGCUCCGGCAAGCAAUGCUUAAUUGAACUCAUGGUCCUGCAAAGUGGAUACUCUUACAUGCACAUAGGACCCCAACUAUGGCCUGCAACAGGAUUUUGGGAGUUUGUCUUGGCAAUACUGCACUUCCAGCAUCACUGGCCUUACAUUAAGGCUGUCAAGGAGAGACACCGAAAAUUGGAUGACUCAUCCACCGAUAUGGAUCCUGCGAUAACGAUUCGCCAACGCAUGUUUCUAAGCAGCGUAAAGUUAUGGAGGACGACGUACAUUGGCAAAUUCUGCUCCAGGAAAGUGCUUCAGGAGAAUGGCUGCCUUCCGAAUAACCACCUGUGAAAUGAUUGCACCAAGCAAGUGUUCCUGAAAGCCAGUCCUGUGAAUGCUAGGAUUAUUCGCAGCUCAAUGUUCCCAGGCCAAUAUGUGUAACAUUUCCUCAACUUACUUGCGCAUGUGCCCAUUGUUCUCAGCUAGCCAAGAUAAUCAAGGUAGAUACGUUACUUUAUUACGAGGAACGAUGUCGAGUACCAACAAAUAAAAUAC